AUGGAUGGGAAUAUAUCGCUUGGCCUUGUGAUAUACAGCGCUGUCAAACCCAUAAUAAAGCUGUACUUGGCCUUGGGUCUCGGAUUUCUUCUAUCCAGAGUUAACUUGCUUAGUGUGGAGACUUCCAGAGGGAUCAGUGACCUAGUACUGAUGAUUUUCUUACCAUUUCUGGUCUUUGACAAAAUUGUUACCAACCUUUCGAUAGCAGAUCUCAAGACCAUUGGAAUUAUCUUCCUGAGUGCUUUUUUCAUGUACGGUGUGGGGGCUACUGCUUCUUCUUUGAUAGCACUUGUGUUCAAACCUCCAAAACGUUUCAAAUAUGGUUUUAUUGUGGGAGGAAUUCUUCCAAAUGUCAGCGACCUUCCUAUUGCAUACCUCUCCAACGGAAUUUCGUUCUUCACGGACCAACAAUCUCAGAAGGGCAUCGCUUAUAUUUGCAUCUAUUUGGCAACUUAUAUCCUGGUUCAGUUCAAUUUUGGAUUAUUUCAGGUGGUUGAAUGGGACUUUAGAGAAAAGAAAGAGGAUAAAGAGACUCAACUGGUUGAUUUAUCCAAAGUUUUGUCUCACAAAUUGCAGCCCCAAGAAACUACUCCAACCGUAAGCAGUAUCGACUCGAAUAUUGAUGAGCAGGACUUACAACCGAUCCCUAUUGCGCCAGAUAACUUGGUCUCAUUGUCUAGUGAAACAUCCCAUGUGGAUCUCCAAUCUUUAGGGAGAAUUCCAAGCGCAAGAUUAAGGGAACCUGAGCAACAUUCCACAAGGAACAGUGUGAGCUCUAUUACAUCCCAUAGACUAUUGUCAAGAAUCAUAUCCAACCAAGACGAGGAAAAUCAGAUUGUUAAAGAGUACUCAAAAGCUGAACCUUUCAAUGCCCAUAUUGAUCCUUUGAUGAAAAUUGUCACCGAAACAAAUUUAUCUGCUACCGACAUCAACGUCAGUGGCAAUAAGAUAAAAUUUGUUCAGAAAUAUAAAUUGCAAUGGUUGGUGUUCUUCUAUCAAAACUUGAAAAAACCUUGUUCAGUUGCCCUAGUCUCAUCACUCAUUAUAGCAUUAAUACCAUGGGUAAAGGCAUUAUUUGUCGAAACUACAAAGAAUAUACCUUCUGCCCCGGAUAAUAAACCUCCCUUAUCAUUUCUGAUGGAUUUGACGAGCUUUAUAGGCCAAGCAGCGGUUCCAAUGGGUAUUCUACUACUAGGGGCCACUUUAGGCCGUCUGAAAGUCUCUAGCUUUCCUCCGGGGUACUGGAAAUGUGUUGUCAGUUUAACAGUGUUCAAGCUCUGUAUCAUGCCCAUCAUUGGCACAGUAUUCUCCAAUAGAUUGGCAAAAAUUGGCUGGAUCUCUGACGAGGUAGUACAAUUCAUAGUAAUCCUUCAGUGGUCUCUUCCAAGCGCCACUGUUCAGUUGUUUCUCACUGCUUCCAACACUAGGUUAGAAGACGGGCCAAACGGAAAAGCCACUGGUCAUGUGCAACUAGACUGCCUUAGUAUCUAUUUACUUGGUCAGUAUAUGAUUCUAUUCAUUACCCUUCCAUUUGUGGUUGCUUACACAGUGAAAUGUACACUAUAA